CUGCCCGGCUGCUGGAGCAUUCGGUGGGGCUUGGUGCCACCACGAACUCAUCCAUCGUCCGUAUAAAAAGGGGUACCUGUACUCCCAGUCAUCACAUGUAGGGCAGCUUUAGAAGCCAACGAACCCAGUUUGUAAAACAAUAAGAUGAAAAGGGGGGUGUCUCACCAACCAUUUCACCCAGACGCUGGACUAGACGACCAUCGGCCGGCGAGGCCUCGACAUACCCGCUCCCGCUCUCAGGGGUCUGAUAACACCCGCAGGAGCAAUGCCGACAAUGGCCCGAAUUCACAAACAAUACAAGGCGUUGGACAGUCUCAAGGCAGCAUCUUUCGGCGACUGACGCACUUGCGGGCAGAGAGCUACACAUCUCACAUCCGUUCAGACUCGCGGACUUCGUGGGAUGGCACCACCGUCCCGAGUCGCACCCCCUCGCCCUCACCAUCCCAAUCUCCCGUCCGGCGCAACCACCGGCCCCGGCCGCUCUCAGUAGUCACCCUUCCGGGCCACUCGCCCGUCCGACCAGCCGUGAUUGCCGACCGGUGGAGCUACGACCGGGAGCGGAUGCCGUCUCGACCGCCGACACCCUUGCAUGUGAGCAACGACGAGGGCACUGGGGUAGCCUCCUCACCAAGACCAGCCAGCACCACCGUCACCGACUCUGGGCCCUCGAGCAGAGCCGAAUCCAUCCCGUUGAGCGCAUCCACCGCGGACCGACUCAGCUCGCCGGCCCUGACCCUCAUCCCACCCCCCCCACCAGAUUUUGGCGAGAGCCAGGAACCAAAGGGCAAGUUCCGACAGUCCUGCCACCUCCUGACGAGCGAGGAGAUGGAGAUGCUCUCACACCCUCCACCACCACCAUCUCCCAUGUCAGCGAAGAGACCGCUGGCGUCACCAUCAUCCCCGCCAUCACCACCGCCGCCAGGGGUGCCGCCCGCAUCACUAAAGCCGAAUCAGAAGCCAGUCAACGAGACGUCGUCGUCGCCCCUUGGGGCUCCUCCCCACCAGAAGGGAGACCAGCUUCUUCCUGUCCACCGCAGGCAUAUGGUCGGCGACCUGGACAAGGACAGACCCGGCUGUUUGGGCCUGUGCGAGAUCUUGACGGCCCAGCGGAUCGGCGCGACGUUUGGCGGCUGGUUCAUGGGCGUCGUGAUGCCGCUCGCGACAGGGUUUGUCAACCGGUGUGUUGCUGCUGUCACGAGUUGUCAGUGACGUUAUCUGCUCUGCCGGACAGAUUCUGAGGAAGCAGGGCUUGAAACGGAUUCAGUAGGAGAAAUGGAAGUGGAAUACGGAAGAGGGUAUGAUUUAUUUGAUGAGCCGGGCAGGACGGCAUGCUCUGACGACACCUUCCGGU